CUUUCCAAACUUACUUUUGCAACCUUUCUUCUCCGUCCUCUCUCUCCCCUACCAAUAAGCAAUAUUUCCCCCAAAUUGUGAUCAUAAAAAAAAAAGAAGAAGCUAUAUUUCCCCCAAAUUUAUACUCUGUUUCCUGUACCUACAAACUGUGAUCAUCCCCGUUUUCAAAAUUCGGAGUUGUUGGUGGAAGAGGAAAUUAGCUUUUUCACGCAUAUAUACACCAAGUUCAUCUAGGCCGUUAAGCUCCAAAACCAUAUUUUAAUUUCUUGAAUAGGGUUUUGUUUACAAGGAUCCCCAAAUACUGAGAACAAACCAUUGAAAUUUCAUGCCAAUUUGCCCACAAAAUGCGAAUUCUUAAAUGGGUCGUCUUUUUUAUCCCGUAGGAUUUGUAUCUCGGUUAACCCUUUGACAAUGGGGGCUUUAACCAUCAACCGUAAGCGCGGUGAGGAUUAUAUCAAAUCCCGGGCUCUAUUUUCGCCCUUAUUUGAUCACUCAUACACUCACGUUUCCAAGAAGCCCCGGCUUCCAAAUUCCAUGAAUCAAAAUACCGUUGAUUUUGAUCGGCCCUUAUCCGCAAAAUCUGUGAAUUCGAGGAUCUCUGAGUACCCAGAUUCGAAACCGAGGUUCCGGAGGGAAGUUCAUGCCCCAAUUAGGAGUUACAGAUUUGGGUUUUCAGUAAGUAAGAAAAUUGAGUCUAGUUCUAGUUCUGAAGAAAGUAUAGUUGUUAGAAUGGGGAAUAUUUAUGGAACUCUUAAAUCAAGGUUAGAAGAGGCAAAAGUUAUUGCAAUGAAAACUUUCAGGUAUGUUGGGAAAGAGAAUGAAAAAGAAGUGAUUGAGAUUGAUGAUGAGAAGGAAAGGCAAGGUGAUAUAUCAGAGGAAUUGAGUGUUUCGGAGGUGGAGGUAGUGGAUUUUCCAACGAGCAAGUGGAAGGAGGGGAAUGAUGUUUUGAGAAAUUCACAGGAGCUUAAGGGGAAAAUGGUUGAAAAGAAUUUUCAGUCAUUAGAUUCUUCUGUUGUAUCGGAUGCAAGUUGUGUGAAUGUAAAUGUGGAUUCUACGGAAAAUAAGAUGGACUUAAGGCUGUUGAACCAGGAAUCAGAUAUGUCGGGGGUACCUGUUCACAGGAAGCUGUAUGAUUCUGCAAAGAAGAGGAAUGAUAAGCUGGGUAUUUUAGGUUUUGCCAUAGAGUUACAGGAGAAGAUCUUUCAAAGGCUUCAAUUAUUUCGGCCUCAGAGGAAAAUGGAAGAAACUAAGAAGCAGGUGCCGGAUGAAUGUUUUAAGCCUCUUACUGUGGAGGAAGAGGCUCAGGUUGCUUGGGCUUUGUCAAAUUCCAACAGGAGAAAGGUUUUGGUGAGUCAUAAGAAUUCUAAUAUUGAUAUUACUGGAGAAAUACUGCAGUGUUUAAAACCGGGGGCAUGGUUGAAUGAUGAGGUCAUUAAUUUGUAUCUAGAUUUAUUGAAAGAAAGGGAAAAAAGAGAGCCGCAGAAGUUCUUGAAAUGUCAUUUCUUUAGCACAUUCUUCUAUAAUAAGCUAAUUGGUGGUAGAGGUGGCUACAAUUUUCAAUCAGUUAGAAGAUGGACUACCCAAAAAAAGCUGGGAUAUAGCCUCUUGGAGUGUGAUAAAAUUUUUGUCCCUAUCCACAAAGAAGUACAUUGGUGUUUAGCAAUUAUAAACAAAAAGGAUGAAAAAUUCCAGUAUCUUGAUUCACUCAGAGGAGUUGAUGCAAAUGUAAUGAAAGUACUGGCCAAAUACUUUGUUGACGAAGUGAAGGACAAGAGUGGAAAAGACAUUGAUGUCAAUUCAUGGGAGCAAGAAUAUGUAGUUGACCUACCUGAGCAGGAAAAUUGGUUUGACUGUGGUAUGUUCAUGAUCAAGUAUGCCGACUUCUAUAGCCGAGAUAUAGGAUUAUGUUUCAACCAGGAUCACAUGCCAUAUUUUAGACAAAGGACAGUGAAGGAGAUUUUGAGGUUGACAGCCGAGUGAUGAACAAUGAACCUACUUAGCAUUUCUUUUGCCAUGCUGUACUAUCGAUUUUUAGAAGCCGAUGAUAUACACCAUGAGGCACUCUUUCCAUAGACAACAUGGAUAGCUUGUCUUAAUCAAGAUCGUGGCGAUUAUAUCCUCAAUUGCUGGCAUUAAUGUUUGUGAAACCCGACAAAGGAACUGGUGACUUGUUUACUUCUUCAUGAGCGCCUGUCUUGAGCAGUGAAACUGGUAUUUGCAGGGUUGAGUGUGAGAAGUGUUUUGCCGACAUUUUCUAUUCUUUUUUCACAUAUUUCUAAUGUUACAAUAUAGUAUUGUCUAGUGAACUCACAAUUGUAUUGCCAGUUAGAAAAUAUUUGGUUUAUGAUUGAAAUUAUGUAUUUCGUUUUGGUAACUUAGUAGUUCUAACUUGGUAUUUAACUUGGAAUCACAUCA